GAACGUGAUCAAAUUGUCAUUCAGAAAAUAGUAAGUAAAAAUGGUUCGAAAUAGUCCUGGAGGUGAGAACUCGUUCUCGAAAAUGAAAAAAAAAAGGAGGAGGAAGUGGCGCCUUUUCUGGGCUGUGAAAUGCGCGUGAAGCUGCGGGAUGGUCGGGUGGUAGUGGGAACCCUUGUGGCAUAUCAGGGCAGCGGGGAUAUUCUCCUCCGUGAGUGCGUGGAGCAGCGGUUUUAUAAUAAUGAUGAGGAUGAAAACCACCCUAACAACAACACCAACAAUGGAAAUAUGGCGGAAAGGGAGGUGGCGAUACGCGGGAUCGACCUCCUCGCGAUCCCGUUUAAAUACAUCGAGACCAUGCACCGUCGUAAGGAAGGGCAACAGACGAUUUGGCAGGAGUUUUCCGCGCAAUUAGAAAGGGUUGAGGCGCACUAAAAAGAAGGGGAGUGAAAGCGCUCCGCUUUCUUCUACUCUUUUCAUAAUAAAGAAAAAAGCUCGUGGAUGUAAGAUGGAAAUUAUUGUCGUUGGUAAUCGGAUAAUCCAGGGAAAGAGCAACAAUUCAGGUAGGAGAGCUCGGUAAGUGAUCAUCUUGUGCGGAGUUUUUCUUUGUAUUACACUGUCUACCUGUGUUGUUUGUUUUCAGUGGAUCCUACAGCACGAAUAUCUUCUUUACUUUUUCUCUCACAGGUUUCAGCUAUCCUUAAGAUACUCCAAACGCGUCAUAUAUGUAAAGCAGGAGAAAAAAGCCAUAAAUGAUACUAACAACAAUAAAUACUGAAGGAUCAUUAAAACGAACUUAUCUUUAUUUCUAAUCUGUUGGUUAAAAAAAAAAGUCCAUCAUAUAUUUAUGUUAUUAUAAUAUUGAUUCGGCGAAUAGGCGUCGCAUUUCGUGCCCGAGUUAUUAUAAUUGUUUUAUUUUUUCCUUUUGUCGAAGUAAAGAGUAGUACCUCUGUGAGAA